CCCUGUGAGCUAGGGUUAGGGGUGGGGAGGAGCGGGGCUCCUAGCUGGUGGACUCCAAGCAGGAGGGAAAUGGAUUUGUUGGCGGGUGAUGGGUCCUGGAGGUCAGGAUCAAUAUUAUACGGAGUGGGUUCAGAGCCUGGGAUGGACAGGCCGGGUCAGGGCUAGACUGAGACACUGGCUAUGUCCCAGGGGCUGCUGCUGUGGCUGCUGCUGUGCCCAAGUGUGGCAGGGGCCUCCAGAGGGCCCCUUCGGCCCCUGUGCCAGCCUGUCAACGCAACCCUGGCCGCAGAGAAUGAGUUUUGUCCGGUCUGCAUCACCUUCACCACCAGCAUCUGUGCCGGCUACUGUCCUAGCAUGGUGCGAGUGCUGCCAGCUGCCCUGCCUCCUGUCCCCCAGCCAGUGUGCACCUACCGUGAGCUGCGUUUUGCAUCUGUCCAUCUCCCUGGCUGCCCACCUGGUGUGGACCCCGUGGUCUCCUUCCCUGUGGCCCUGAGCUGCCGCUGUGGGCCCUGCCGGCUCAGCAGCUCUGACUGUGGGGGUCCUAGGACACAACUGCUGGCCUGUGACCUCCCCCACCUCCCUGGCCUCCUCUUCCUCUGAGGCCAACCUCCCCACUCUUCUAUCUCCUGGAGCUAGCAGGUGUUU